AUGUUGCGCGCAAUUAUCUGUGUGCUGGUCGCUUCGGCGGCCGCGGAGCACGUGCGCGAAUUCACGGUCCGAGAGAACGCUCGCGCCGGAACCUUCGUCGGCCACCUCGGAGAUGAGUUGCCCGACGCAGCCCCACCGUACACCAUAGUCCCCGUUCCGGGCAGCGCCGUCAAUGACGACCUAAAAAUAGAUCCCCACACGGGCGAAAUACGGACACGAGUGCCAUUAGAUAGAGAGAAUAGGGACCAUUACGCUCUAGUCGCUAUCCCCGCGAGCGGUGAUAAUAUCCGCGUAGUCGUCCGCGUCUCCGAUGAGAACGAUAACGCGCCCACAUUCCCCACCGCUAUCAUGAACGUCGAGUUCUCCGAAAACACACCCAGAGACGUCAAAAGAAAACUUAAUCCUGCCAAAGAUCAGGAUUUAGGCAUUUUCAACACCCAACGGUAUAAUAUCGUAUCUGGUAACACAGAUAACGCGUUCAGACUAUCCUCGCAUAGGGAACGUGAUGGUGUCCUGUACCUGGACCUGCAAAUUAAUGGCUUCUUGGAUAGAGAAACGACUGACCACUACGAGUUGGUAAUAGAGGCUUUGGACGGUGGUACGCCACCGUUGAGAGGUACCAUGACGGUAAAUAUCACUAUUCUAGAUGUCAAUGACAAUCCUCCAGCGUUCGCUGAAACCGCGUAUUCAGCAAUGAUUCCAGAGAACGCCACAGUAGGUACGCCCGUAUUAAAAGUGUUCGCUACAGACUCUGACGCGGGUGAGAACGGUCUAAUAGAAUAUUCCAUCAACCGUAGACAAAGCGACAAAGACAACAUGUUCAAAAUAGAUCCCGACACGGGGGAAAUAACAGUGAACAAAGCUUUAGAUUUCGAAACCAAAGACUUACACGAAUUGGUCGUCGUAGCCAGAGAUAAGGGAGCGCAACCGUUAGAGACAACAGCGUUUGUGUCCAUACGUGUUACAGAUGUGAACGAUAAUCAGCCCACAAUCGACGUUAUAUUCCUAAGUGACGAUGCUACGCCGAAAAUAUCGGAAGCGGCGCAGUUAGACGAGUUCGUAGCUAGAAUCUCGGUGCACGACCCGGAUUCGAAGACGGAAUACUCGAACGUUAAUGUGACUUUAAGCGGCGGCGACGGCCACUUCGAUCUGCGGACGCACGAUAAUAUCAUAUACUUAGUGGUUGUAGCCUUACCGUUAGAUCGUGAAUCUCAGUCGACGUAUACGUUGAACGUUGUCGCGACUGAUAAAGGUUCGCCCCCGCUGCACGCGUCUCGUAUUAUCAACCUGAGAGUUACAGACGUCAAUGACAAUCCCCCGGUGUUUUUGGAGAGCGUGUACAAAACUAGCGUCCCCGAAGCCGCUGCAUCUGGUACUCCCGUUAUCCAGGUGUCAGCGACGGACGUGGAUGAAGCGGAGAAUUCGGAUAUCCGCUAUUCCCUGCUUCCUACCUCGCAAUCUGAUUGGUUCUCCAUUGAUGAGCGUUCUGGGCUUGUGACGACUCGAUCGCGGGUCGAUUGCGAAACGAAUCCGAUGCCUAGCUUGACGGUGGUCGCGAGUGACCGUGGUAAUCCUCCCCUGUCUUCGACCGCUACUCUCUUAGUGACCGUGUUGGAUGUGAACGAUAACGAGCCGAUCUUCGACCAGUCCUUCUACAACGUCACCGUGCCUGAGAACGAAGCUGUUGGCAGUUGCAUUUUAAAGGUGAGUUCUUUAUAA